AUGAGCAGUUCAGGAGGGCUUGCUGGAAGAUUUAAUGCUCGUCUUGGUGCUUCAAAUGAAAGUGAUCCAACAGAUAGCAACAGUAGAGGCUUUUCUGUCAUCACAGUUGAUUGGCAAAAUGUACAUGUGCCUUACCUCAUUACUUUCUGGAUCCUGGUGGCUUCCUCAGCUCAGAUUGUUUUCCAUCUGUCCCAUAAAGUUACCAGUGUGGUUCCAGAGAGUGUUCUGCUGAUUGUCCUUGGCCUUUGUCUGGGUGGCAUCGUGUAUGCAGCUGACCAUAUCGCCUCCUUCACUCUUACACCAAAUGUGUUUUUCUUCUACCUGCUUCCACCCAUCGUCUUAGAUGCAGGAUACUUCAUGCCAAACCGACUCUUCUUUGGCAACUUGGGCACAAUUCUCCUCUACGCUGUGAUUGGAACCAUCUGGAAUGCUGCUGCCACUGGCCUUUCUCUGUAUGGAGUCUAUCGCAGUGGAAUAAUGGGUGAACUUGAAAGUGGAUGGCUGGACUUUCUCCUAUUUGGCAGUCUAAUAGCUGCAGUAGAUCCUGUUGCUGUGCUGGCAGUAUUUGAAGAAGUCCAUGUCAACGAUGUCCUUUUCAUCAUUGUUUUUGGAGAAUCACUGCUUAAUGAUGCUGUAACCGUGGUGCUAUACAACGUGUUUGAAUCCUUUGUUUCAAUAGGGGCAGAAAAUGUGACUGUUGUGGACUGUGUCAAAGGUGUAGUAUCAUUCUUUGUGGUGAGCUUAGGAGGCACUCUUAUUGGUGUUGUCUUUGCAUUCCUGCUUUCACUUGUCACUCGCUUCACAAAACACGUCAGAAUCAUAGAGCCUGGAUUUGUGUUUGUCGUCUCCUACUUGUCUUACCUAACUGCAGAGAUGCUCUCACUUUCUGCCAUUCUUGCUAUAACCUUCUGUGGGAUAUGCUGUCAAAAAUAUGUCAAGGCAAAUAUUUCAGAGCAGUCUGCUACCACUGUGAGGUACACCAUGAAGCUGUUGGCUAGUGCUUCAGAGACUAUUAUUUUCAUGUUCCUUGGAAUUUCUGCUGUUAAUCCUGAAAUCUGGACUUGGAACACAGCUUUUGUACUUCUGACAUUAGUCUUCAUUUCUGUCUACAGAGUCGUUGGUGUGAUUCUGCAGACAUGGGUCCUGAACCACUUCCGAAUGGUCCAGCUGGGAAUAAUAGACCAAGUAGUGAUGUCAUAUGGUGGCCUUCGUGGUGCUGUUGCUUUUGCUUUGGUGGUACUUUUGGAUGGAAACAAAGUCAAGGAUAGAAACCUAUUUGUCAGCACAACAAUCAUUGUUGUAUUUUUUACCGUAAUCAUCCAGGGUUUGACUAUCAAGCCUUUAGUGCAAUGGCUGAAAGUGAAAAAAAGUGAGCAUAGAGAACCCAAACUGAAUGAGAAGCUCCAUGGCAGGGCCUUUGACCACAUUCUUUCAGCUAUUGAAGAUAUAUCUGGUCAAAUAGGACACAAUUACCUGAGAGACAAGUGGUCCAAUUUCGACAGACAAAUCCUCAGCAAACUACUGAUGAGAAGAUCUGCUCAGAAAACCAGAGACCGGAUUCUUAAAGUUUUCCGUGAACUCAACUUGAAGGAUGCCAUUAGCUAUGUGGCAGAGGGAGAACGAAGAGGUUCUCUGGCAUUCAUCCGCUCCCCAAGCAUUGACAACACAGCCAAUGUGGACUUCAGCAUUAUGAAUCAAAUGAAUGGAGAACCUUCUGUGUCCCAGUUACUGAGAGAAACUGCCAGUUCUGUCUGCCUUGAUAUGCAAGCACUAGAACAGAGAAGAAAAAGUAUCCGAGAUGCUGAAGAUAUGUUCACCCAUCAUACUCUACAACAGUACCUAUACAAGCCCCGUCAACAGCACAAGUUUUUGUACAGUCGCCAUGAAAUAACUCCAGAUGAAGAAGAUAAUAAGCAAACCAAGGAGAUUUUCCAGCGAACCAUGAGGAGGCGCUUGGAGUCUUUCAAGAGCACCAAGCUAGGUUUCAACCCCCCAAAGAAGAUGAUGAAGAUGAAGAAUAGGGGCCAAAAAAGAAAAAAUAGCAAUAUCAUGCCAAAUGGAAAUUUGUCCACAGAAUUCAUAACGGAGAAAGAAGUUGAAAUUUCUGAACCAGAAGAAAAUGAUUAUGAUUCCCGACAAACAGGGAGAGCAAUGGACUUCUUAGCUAAUGUCACCAAGCAGAAUUUCACAGACACAGGAGGCAUUGAUAAUCCAGUAUUUUCAGCUGACGUUGAAACAAAUGCCACUAUGAGGUUUCCACCAUGGCUAUCUUCUGAAGAGAUGGUGGUUCCGUCCCAAAGGGCCCGAGUGCAGAUACCCUAUUCUCCAAACAACUUUCAACGGCUUGCCCCCAUCCGACUCAGCAAUAGAUCCGUAGAUUCCUUUUUACAAGUAGAUGGCCCUGAAGAACGACCUAGAACUUUCCUCCCAGAGUCAACACACAUGUGACACAACAUUUGGAGUUUUGCUGUCAGGAUAUUCUUCUGAUGAAAUGCUCCCUCCUUGGGAAUAUGCACAAACACAAACAGAUGCUUCUUCGUCAGACAAACUCCACAACUUAGGUUCAGUGUGGCAACCAGACUACAUACCCUUAGAAGAUGGGGAGUACUCUGAGUUCUUGACUACUUCUCAUGAGGAAGUGCCUGAUGUCAAGUGGCAGACACCCUUCAAUACAGAUGAUCAAACACAUUUUAAUACAAGUUAUUCUACCGACACUAACUAUAACCCAGUGAGUCCGCAGGUUGACCAUUCUGUUCCUGAACCUGAAGGAUUAGUGGAAUCUAUUUUUUGGAAUACCCAGGAUAAAAAAUGGCCACUUAAUAUGCAAGGUCACCACAGAUCUGCAACAGCAAGACGAGUGCAGAGUCGACGUUCAUUCCACAGACCAAAACCUUCGCAACAUCCUAAACUUCAAAAGGUAGCAUCUCUUCCAGCUUCUUUUCACAUCCCUCCACACCCUUGGGAACAGGAAGAAACUCAUCUGUGAGUCUUCUUGACUUGAGCCUCUGAUGAACAAAAACAUAGUGAGUGAAUGAAAUGUACCAAAUUUGGGAGAGAAACUAUUUAAAUGCUGGAACCUUUUGUGGAACACAUUUUUUGAAAUACUGAACUUGGCAUUCAGGUGGAUAAGUAGCUGUCCCCAUUUCACUGCGGAAGCAACAAGAGAAUUCAUUAUGCUCUUUGUUUUAGUUUUUGUGUAUUGUUUUUUUAAAAAGCCGUAUUCUUAGCUAUUUCUGAAAGGAAGAUUUUCAAAGUAGAAAGUUAUGCUGUUUGUGCUGUUUUUCUAAAGACAGAGUCAGGGUAUGGACAUCCAUACUGAAACCUAGAUUUAGAAGAUGUACUCUUCAGUUCUCAUCUGAGAAUAUACUGCCCUCUUGAUCUGGCAAAGGAAGAAGGCUACCAGUAUCUACACCAACCCUACUGAUUCAGAGACAUCAUAAAUGGAUUCUGUAGCUGAAGCAGGUUUCAUGGCCAGUAUAGUCAGACAGCUUCCACAAUACCUUUCUAGGCUACCUCUUAGCUUCAGACACUGCAGUUCUAGUUCAAGGCCUAGAGACCCCAAUAUUUUAGCAUUUUCUUAUUAUGCCAUAUUUCCAUUGCAAGGAUUAAGAAAAUAUGCUGAAAUCUGUUCUGAGUGAAAUGAAUUAGUGCCUUUUUAUAUUGACUGUAAAAUCUAAAGAUAUAUUUUCUUACUGUUAAAAUACUAUAAUUUAUACUGUAUAUAGCUAAUCACACGGUGAGGGCUUUAAUUCUCUUUUCUACAAUCAAUAUUGCAGAGAAUUAGAGAAUGCUUAAAGCAUAUAAACUGUGCAAUCCUAUUAAUGUUUGUUCAGAAGUAAGCCUUUCUAAGUGCAAUGUGACUUAUUCUCAUGUAAGUGUUAAUAAGAUGGGUGGUGAAAUUUCCUUUUUGGAGGUCUUUAAACCAAGGUUGAAUGGUUAUAUUUCAGAAGUACUUUAGUUACAUCUUCCUGCAUGGCCCCAUCUACUCUAAGAUUUUGAUUCUGAGAUUGGAAUUCACUCCUAUUGUCCCUAGAAAGCUUUCUCAGAGGCCUAGCAUUUUUUGGGUAACACCUUCAAUGUAUCUGAGGAAGUAGACCAAGUCUACUAAAGCUUAUGCUACAACUUCUUUUGCUCAGUCUCAAAGGUGCUAUAAAAUCCCUCUGCCUACUGAUAUUCCAGAUUAACACAUCUGGUUUAAUUUAAGAUUUCACACACAUACACACACAGACCCACACCACUUACCCUGGAAAGGCCUAUUGUGGGUUUGCCCCCCCAAAAAAUUAAAAGGAUGGUGGUAGACAGAGUUGGUUAGGGUGGGUCAAAGGACCUGCCAGGAGAGUCUGGGCAACCAAAGAAUCCACAGAAUAUCUGGCCUCCCAAAAUGGCUGCCAGUCUAUGCCCACUUUUGGUUUAAUGGGAUGAAAUCUGGGCAGAAAAAGGAAAGAAAUGGCUGCAAGGAGAAAGCGAUCAGCAAAAAUGCCAUUCCUUCCUCACAUCUGCCUUGGUGUGCUAUUACUGAAAGGCUCUGGAUAUGUUGGAGGCUCUAGCAUCAGAAUUCUCCAGGAUGGUAUGUGGGAUUGUUCUGCUCUGUAGAAUUUUCAUGCACAGAGUAUCACAUUUUCUGUUCUUAAUAAACUUUCCCACGCCAUAUAAUCUCAGAAGGCAAAACUAAAUCCAACUACUGUGGGAUUAAUGCAUGAACCACAGUGCAGAAAUCUGCAUAUCUACUCAGAAAUUAGUCACACUGAUUUCAAAGGGAUUUAAUUGCAGAGAAGUGUGUAUAGGACUGAAGCCUUAAAGUUUUUGUUCAAAUUAGUCAGUAUAUUUUUGCAACAGUUAUUUCUUCAUAUACAUCUGUGUUUGAUGGUUCGUUUAAGUGCCAUGAAAACUCAGGUCACUUUGCUUUGUAGUACUAUAUAACAAUACUGUAAUUUGAAUAUCUAAUAUCUGUGUUUGCCAUUUCUGAAUGCAUUUUUUUCUCAUUGUCAUUCUAAAUCCAUUGUGAUUU